ACCGACUCCAGGACAUUGAAUAGCCCAAUGGUGCUCCGUAGAGUUUAAAUGUAAUUUCGAAAUGUAGCCUACAGUAGGCUGCCUACUGUACCCCACUGGGCGAGGAAAUCAUGUAGCUAUAUAACUAUUGCCAACUAAUAGGCACAAAAUUUGAUGUAGCGCGUGUAGAGAUCAAAGUGUUCAUCUUAAAGUGGGGCAGUUGGAGCACACACAGAUAUGGAGCAGUGUUUGAUGGAGCAAAUCGCAGACUGCACUGGUUCGGUAACAUUUUAACAAUAACCUCUUCCAGUCCCAGUUUGAAAAAAUAAUCAACAGACUGAGCUCGAUUCGUGAAAACUACACGGUCGAUUUUCUUUUGAAGGGGCUCCUGCUGGACGCUUCAUCUGGACUGGGAAAUGUAGUUUAGAGUGCAACACUGCGACGUUACUUUAAUCCCGUGCAGGACUACAUUUCCCACAAUUCAUUUGUAAGAGUGAGGUUGUCAUGCUCGUGUUUGCGCCGCGUGUUUGUUAUUGUUUUCUUUUAGUGACAACUAAGCUCGAAGAAGAACACGCACUGAUAAAGCAGCGUGUCAGAUGUAAACUGUCGGAUAUUGUGGCAUAGGAAUAUGUUUUUUAUUGUGUGAGCGACAAAGUAUUGAAAUGGAAAAGACUUGGCCAGUGGAGUUCAGGAACAUAAGCUGCAGUUAUUUCCCUGAAAGUAGAGUUGAUUGCCACUACACGGUGAGCUCACAACACACCUGGGCCAGUGCAGACUGGAUAGGGCUUUUCAAGGUUGGGUGGUCCUCUGUGAAAGAGUAUCACACAUUUGUUUGGGCCCUUGCUCCAAAUGACUUUGAGGAAGGCACAGAGUUCAGCUGCUGUGUACAAUUCCAGGCUUCAUACUUGCCUUGUGCUAGCUCUACACAGUAUGAGUUUGUGUACAUCGAUGCCAAGGGUGACGUGUGCUCCCGCAGCUCCUCUUUCACUUUUUCUGCCCCAAAACCAUUGGAAGAUCUCGUGACCCUUGAGGAAGAUUCUCAUGGAGAGGAAGCAGGAAACGACAUGCUGCUGGUUGUACCCAGGGCUGAAUUGUUGCAGAAUCACCUACAACAAUGUCUGCAUGAGCGAACAGAGCUUAUACAGCUCCAGAAAGAAACAAACAAGCUGAGAGAACAAGAAAAGGAGGAGUAUAAAAAGGCAAAGCAGUCAUGGGACAGGCAGAGCAGUAAUUAUGAGAUGGAAAUUGCCAGAUUACAGAAUGAUCUAAAGCAUGCACAAGACAAACAGGACAAGAUGAAGGAACUGCAAAAGAAGGAGACAGCUUUUGGAGAAUCUCUGCUUCAAGAUAAAUGUGCUUUAAUGGAAGAAAAAGAUCUGUGUGAGCAGCGGAUCAGAGAGCUGGAGGAGGACAUCAAAAUCAUGGCAGAAAGGACUGUGGAAAGAGACAUUGAGCUAGACAGGAUGAAAGAACGAGCAAGGAGAGUAGGAGUUCAGAAGAAAGAAGAAGAGAGUGAGAGGAUAAAUCUUCAGAUCAAGUUGGAACAAACUCAAGCGGAGCUUCGAAAUCUAUCCAAAGAGUUCCAGAGCCUAAGAAACUCACUGGCCCAAAGAGACACCAGUAUUAUUCAGCUUCAAAAUACCAUCACUACCCUCACCCAAAAGCUCACGAUUGCCCACAGAAAAGAGGCGGACAGUGAGGCAGCAAUGAAGGAGAUGCGGAGCUUACGGGAGCGUCUGAGUUUGAGUGAGCGCACAGCUGAGGGGCUAAGGAAUGACUUGGGUGCCAUGGUAACGCAGAGGGACAUGGGCCAGGCAGAGCUGCACCAGGCCCGUCUGCAGGCAGCACAGCUCACCCUGCAGCUGGCUGAUUCAAGUCUGGCCCUGAGAGAGGGGAAAGCUCACUGGGCACAGGAAAAGCAAGGUCUACAGCAAAGUACUGAGAUGCAUCAUGAACUCAUUGAUAAACUACAUGCAGAAAUUCAGAAUUUGGAAGAGACCGUGCAAGAGGAGAAAAUGGAGAGAGUAAAGCUGGAAGUGGAGCUUGGACGAGAAAAGGACUGCAACAGGGUCCAACUGAAUGAAACUACUAGAGAGCUACAAGAGCUGAAGACCAGUCUGAGGGUCACACAAAAGGAGAAAGAGCAACUACAAGCAGAAAAAGACGAGUUGAUGGAGUACAUCUGUCAGCUGGAGCACAAGAUGGGAGCAGUGACCACAGUGACCGGUGCCAAGUGGAGCGCUUCCCUGCUGUCCUCUGUCGCCAUGAAUUCACUAUCUGAUUCUGAGGAUGAGAGCUCUGAGGCCUUCCAGUCUGUCAGUGCCCCUCUUGGACACUACAGCCUGUGUGAGCAUAGCCAGCCUGAAUCGCUGCUCCUGGUUACCCCUCCACAGUCGCCCCGGGAUACUGAGAGGAGUGCAGUGGUCAUCAACCAGCCAGCACCUAUCUGCUCCCCCCAUCAAACCAGCUCUGACACCCUAGCUCACAGCUCAGAUUCGGAGGAGGAGACUGAUGGACUGCAGUAUCUAAGACGAAGUUCUGAAGAGGAAAGGGCUCUUCUGCUGCCUGAUCAUGCAGACACCGUUCUGAGUGAUCUGGCUGACACUGCGCUUUGGUAACCAGUGGUUACAACACUCAUGAAAGGGACAACUUUUUGAAUUAAUCCUUGUAACCAGCAUUAUGCAUUUUAUUCACUGCUUCUGCAGUGACCCUUCUUUAUGCCUAGAUGGUCAUCUUAUUGCUUUUGUUGUUCAUUGUUAAAAUGACAUAAUGCUUAUAAUGGCAAGUCAACACUAUAUUUCUGGUGAGCACACUUUUAAAACUGCGGGCCUUUAGUGAGGGAAUCUGGCAAUUCACGGAUCACUGUUGUAGCAAAUAAUUUCUGUUGAAUCAUUGCUAAGUCAAAAGCUUUACGAUGAAUGUUGUGUUGAUUUUAUGAUGUUUGUGAUUAGGAGUCACAACAGGCUGUGUAAUUAUUAUGACUAUGAUGUUUUGUUCAGUUUCUUCUGUUGAAAUCAUAGCCUUUACCACAUUGUUUGCCUCCUUUAAUCUCCUUUUCCUGCAUUUGCAGCUGCAUAAAUCUAGGGAGAGCAAAUUGUGCUUGACUGAGAAAGGGAGAGCUAGGUGGAUUAUUAUUAUAUUAAAUUAAAUGAUAGCAUUGAAGGUUUUGACACCAUGAACCUGGAUGAGUGAGGGAUUACGGAUGUUUAUGAAGAUAAUACUUUUACAUAUUUUUAACUUUUGGAUGAUUAAAUGUCGAUUGUUUAUUAAAAUAAUGCAAUACAUAAAUUAAUAUUUACACAAUAUUUUUAAAGUUUUGCCUACACUACAGUUGUAUUUACCUUUACCUUAUAAAUUGCCGACAAUAUAUAUAUGCUUUUAUUCUAUACUGCAUACAAUUUAAUAUGCUUUUCUAAUCAAAUAGCAUACGACAGUAGAUAUUCUGCAAUAAACUGAUCAUGAGUUUUGUAUUUUUCUAAAAAAAACAAAACAAAAACAAGUUAAAAUCAAUAAUAACUUUCAUUUAAUACUUUUUAUUAUUCCUGGUUUAAAACAGUGGAGGCUAUUUGAUAGAUGUUUGUUUUCACAUAUCAGAAGCAUCACUUGUGUGUCUGUGGUUUAUGCUAGUUUUUCUGUUCUUUUAUCCUUUUAUUUACAUUCAACACUAAUGUUUUCAUGUGAAUUAAACACUUGAUGUGUCUCAUUUAUUUGUGUUUAGUGUUGGGUUUACGUCCCGAGGAAGUUGUUAUUUUUGUGGUGCCACUGAGGGCUCUGUGCCAGCACAUGCUGCAAUAAAGCACCAGUGGUUAUGGUUUAUUUUGAGGUUUUGUGUGUCAAGGUUACUUGUAUUUUCUUAAGGCGUGUAACAGGGUGUGGCCAGGGCUCUAAAUAAUAAAAUGGUUUAUGUAUCCCAA